AUUGACUUCGGUCAAAGACAGUUCAUAAAGAUAUUUCAAACCUCUGUGAUUGUAGCAAGAUGUUCUUACAUGUUAGUAGUGGAACCUAAGUGUUAUUCCUGCUAAUAUUCUGGUCACGACACAAAUCACCUCUGAGAAACUGUAUAAAAGGAUCUUGUUGCACCUCACAAAAGGCCUGAAUCUCUCACUGUAGAAUCUCCAUUCACAAGAAACCAUGAAGGUAGCUCUCUUUGCUCUGGUGCUCCUCUGUCUGACUGGAAUACUCACUGCCAAGGCCCUGGACAUGUCUGCAGAGAAAAAACCCACACACAAUAUACAUGGUUUGGGAAAAAGAUAUGCUGAGUCAACUAUUGCCAGUGACAUGAGCAAAAUCAUGGACUCCAUGGUGCAGAAGGAUUUUGUCAACUUCCUGCUCAGUCAGAGGGAGAAAAAGGGAAUGUCUUUUGUCACUCCAGAGGAUGAUCCAGAGGCUCCCCUCUACAAUGAUCUCCUGAAAAAACUCACUAUGCCUCUUUGGAAAGGGAAACAAAUGACCCAGUGAUGUUUAAAAAUAUAAGAACAUUUUAAAUAUACAUAGAAGAGUAAAGGCUGGAUGUCAACCAAACAUGAUGACAAUUUAGUGAACUUUAUUUUUCUAUUAUGUUAGAAAUCAUUUUCAUAAAUCAUUGUGAAAGAGAAAUAAAAUGUGAAGUACUAAAACACU